AUGUCCACACCCACCCCAUUAAUCCUCUGCGGUGCCAAAAAGCACAUGGCAAACCUAAUAAAAACAAAACUCCUACCAGAAUACAACGUAAUCUACGCAGGCUACAACCCAAUCCACUCAAAACGCGAAGUCCCCCUCAUAAUCUCCGGAAAUCCUCCAGCGUAUGACUCCCUACACAUGAAACUCGCCUCUAAUGACUUCACAUCCCCUGCACGCGCUAUAGUCACGGGUGGAGGGUACAGCGAGGAGGGGUUUCAAGAGUUGUAUCAAGCUUGUGUGAAGGCGUGUGGGUCGAGGGAGAAUCUGUCAGUUCCGUUUUUUAGGGCUAGUAAUGAGAUUACGGAUCGGUUGGCUGAUCAGGGGAUGGGACCUGCGCAUUCGUCUGUCGAGUAUCCUGAUGCUAUUACUGAGCGGUUGAAGAGGAGGUUGAAGGAGGUUGGGAUUGCGGAUGAAGUGGUGAAUAAGGGAGAGCUGGGACCGGGUGGUAUUGGUGGUCUGUGA